GUCGUGUCUAUCCGCUCUGCCUUCUGCUAGGUGCUACUGCUGCUAGCUAGUAGUAAUGUAGGACACAAUUGCACAGCUAUUUCAAUUAAUGAGCAGAGAAAUUAUUAUCCCUAUAUUAGUCACAAGAGGAUCGGAGUCCCUUUGCUGCAUCUGCUGCUUGGAAGGAACACCCUUGACAGUGUCUAACAUUGCUGUGAUCCAUGUAGGAAAUCACCAACUUGUGUGCUAGGGAAUUGUAGCUCUGUGCAGAAAUGACUUUGCCAGUGAUCAGACAGAAGGACCUGAAGACCUACCAGAUAGUGGCGACAAGUACAGAACACGUCUAUAAAUCCACUUAUGAACUCACCGGCCGCUGCGUCUUCAUAAAACUCUUGUCUUUGGCUGACCGAACCGAAAGGCAACGGAAAGAAAUCCUCAGAGAGGUGGAGUUUAUCGGCAGGAUAAAAUCCGAGCACCUGACAGAAACACUUGGAAUUUAUCGGACAUCAAAUACGAUUGGUAUUGUGACAGAGUGGAUGUCAAAUUUAUCACUGCACUCUCUCAUUUACCAGCGUGACCUGUAUCCUGAACUACCACUCAGUAUAUGCAUCCGAUUGCUGGCAGACGUUGCCGAGGGUCUGUGCUUCUUACAUAACCUAAACCCUCCUGUAAGGCACCAACGCCUGAAACCCUGCAAUGUCCUUCUUGAUGCCCAAUACAGAGCAAAGCUCUCAGAUUUCUGGUUGUCAGAACAGCAAAAAGUUUCCGUUUCCCAAAACAAGGACGAUAACGCAUCUCUAGUGUAUCUCUCGCCUCAAAGACUGCAGAGACAGAGACCAACCAAAGAAGAUGAUAUCUACAGCUUCGGGAUGCUUCUAUAUGAAAGCCUAAGUAGACAACGACCAUUCCUUGAAAAUAACCCCUUGAAGCUGGAAACCGAAAUCAUUAGAGGCAUCAGACCACAACCACACAUAGAUGUUAUCCUAAAGGCCACAGAUCUCCCACACACCCAACGCACAAACCUAAAUCAGCUCAUCAACGUGUGCUGGCAUCAGAACCCCAACAGAAGACCAUCAGCAGCUGAAUGCUUGUCCCGCCUGCGAAGCGUCCAGCAGACUUUUUCUAGUGCAGAGACUGAACGUGACGUUCACGCCCUCUGGUUAGAGAAGGAGAGGGCAACACAGCAUUCCCAGACAUGUGAAGUGGAAUAUAACAUCAUAUAUUUAGAUGAGGGCUGGACAACCAAUAGCAACAGGAGUCGCACACAGAGUGCCCCCGAAGAGAGCAUUGACGCAUCCUCACUCUGUCCUGGGACAAAGAAAGAACAAAGGAGUGCCAGCCUGCCAGUUCCAACUAAUAAGACCAAUGUUUACACGCCUAACGCAUUCAGGAAUCACAAGGUCAGAUGGGCACACACAGAGCCAGGAGAUCAGGCCACAUGUCCUCAAUUUGUCUGGUACAUGAACUUUGUUGAGACCCUGACAAAGAACAGGGAGGUCAUCCUAACCCGCAUGACAGAAGGACACCUCAAUCAUCUCAUUGAUAUUAUGAUGUCCAAACGUGUACUGACCCGGGGUGACUAUGAAAACAUCAAAGCAGAGAGGACUUUACAAUGUCGAACAAGGAAAUACCUGGAUACUUGCUCCCAAAAGGGGGAAGAGGCAUCACGGAUGGCUAUAGACAACCUCUUCUCCCGAAAUGUCAUUUUUAUGCAUCCUAGAAACCCAGCAUGAAAAUGAGAAGAACCCAGCAAUAUUGUUGCCGUGGAACACUAAUGGAUUGACACAUUGCUGCACUUGUUGGUGAACAUUCAUUAUAGAUUGCUAACAUGCACAGAAUCCUGCUAUAUUAGUGUGAUUUAUGGGCAUACAAAAAUACACAAAAUGAUAUAGAUAUUUAUAUAUGAGUGUGAGAUGCAGUAUAACAGGCAGGUGCUAUUGUCUGUACUUUAAAAAAAAAAAAACUCAGUCAAGCAGAUUGUAUGCUGCACUGGAGAAUGCUAACAGAAUUGAGAAAGCCCAGUUUGUUGUGGAACUGAUGUGCCUUGCGUCUACUCUUGUAUACUGUAUGUGAUGGGCAUAAGACUUAAAGAUCAAGAGACUAGAAGCUUGCUUACCACAGCUUGGCAGAGCAGUCACACUCAUGACAAUAUUUAGUUCCUGUAGAAAGAGAUCAAAUUGUUAUCUCGUGAAAGAGAUCAUAGGGUAAAUUUACUAAGGUGGGAGAUUUUUAGAACUAGUGAUGUUGCCCAUAGCA